AAUUGCCACGUGUAGAUGCGAUCAAUUUCAGACGAAGACCGACAUCUUCUAUGCAGUGUAAUAAUGUUUUCCUUUCGUUUUUAGUUUUCUUGUGAUUUAUUUGCCGCCAUGUCUUGGUCUCAAGGUUCAAGGGGUCCCUCAGAAGCUUCUUUCGAACUUCUGAACCACUUGAACAGGGAGGAACUGCAGAGAAUGCUGAGUGACGAUGAUAAAAUCCAGGACUUGGUAAACGACCAUGAAUCUGUGAAGUCCCUUCAGCUUGAGCGUGAGAUGUUACUGGCCAGUAACCGCAGCCUGGCUGAGUUUAACCUGGAGAAGGAACCUCAGCUGGUGUCGGGCAGACAGAAACUCUCCCGCGUACACCAGGAGGCUGCCGAACUACGAGUCCUGUACGACGAGAAAAAACAGCGACUAGAGUCCCUGACGCAGAAGAAUGACCUGGACACGACCCAUGCACUACUGCAGGCCGCUGCUGCGGAGAUAGAGGAGGAAUCUGAGUCCCUAGCUGACCAGUUCCUUGAAGGAGGCAUGGCUGUGGAAGACUUCCUCUCACAGUACCAGGAGAAGAGGAGACUAGCACACCUGCGCAGAGUCAAGUCAGAAAAGAUGCAGGAACUCAUGAACCGUUCACAGAGCGCUCCCGCGCCGCAGCCUCGCGUGUACGGGAACUACGGGUACGGGCAGGGACAGCCGUACCAGAGUCAGCCGUAUCAGCCGGUUCCGAACCAGCCACACGGGAUUCUUAGGAUGCCGGAGCCCAUGAUGCAGUAUCAUCGGUAGUGUGGUCCAAUGUUGAGUACAGUCUGUCAAAUAAUGUGUCUGAAGUGUGUCAAGUUAUUGUCUGAUAAGAGCAGUUUUUAUUGUAGUUUGUAGUAGCUGUAAAUAAAAGAUGCUGACAAAUUGUAACUUUAUCCCAAAAAAGACUCAGAACUGAGGAUUUGAGAUAGUGUGACCCAAGGAGUUUUUAAGAAAUGUAAUCUUUUUGGUAAAUGUACAAAUUUGUUAGGUAUUGUUGUGCCUGAUUUUAUCACUAUGAAAUAUGAUAAUGCUUUUCUGUCCCUGGAACCAAGAGGGCACCUGCCUUAUUAACUUUCUUCCUGCUAGGGUAUUAUCCAUGAAGCAAACUUAUGUUUUUACACUGUAACUCAGUAAGAAGAAGGCUAUGCAGCUUCUGCAUGAGAAAUACAGUACCUCAUGAAGUAUGCUGUGAUUGAAGACAAAUACUUAUGUCAUAUUUAAUAUUAUUCUGUCUAUACAUCAACUUUUUACUGUAGCAUUUAACUUGAAUUUGACUCUGGUCACUUAAGAUCAAUUACAAAGUUGUAUUUUCAGUCGCUGCAUAUUCAAAAUGAUGUCUUCCUUGUUUUAUACUAGGUAGUGUGCAUUUACGAUAAUUUUUUAAAACUUGAAAAUGAUUUCCAUACCAUGUUACAAAGGAUAGGAAGAGUGCUUUUAUGUCCAUUGAAUCUUUGCCUUUCAAACAUCCAAUUUUGACCCAAAAAAAUGCAGGCUGCCCGUACACAUAUAGCAAGGCUUUACAAAGAAUGAUUGACAGUAACUUAAGAUGAAUUUAUGGAAAUUAUUUAUUGAUAGUAAACAACUGAUGUCUCUCAGAAAUGCAAGAUGCUUUUUUUUAUGGUAUAAUAUAUAAAUCUAGAACGUUAUAUGUGCUUUUAAUUAGCUUACCCACAGCUUACAAUACAGCUUACCCACAGUUUUAUGGCUACACUUUAAGAAAGGUAGGAAAAUAGGGAACAUUGUAAAGGGAUGUCAGGAGUGUGAAGAAAAACUUGUUUGAAACCCUGCAUAACUGUAGAAUAGUGCCCCCUAGUGUUGUGGACUGGCAUUGACAUUUUUCUGGUUUCUAAACUGUGAACCUGUAUUCAAGAAAAAACUGUUUUGUAUUAGCAUCUUGUUUGUGUCAGUUAAAUGAAUUUUAAAUAGUUUUCAAUUGAUAACUUUAUAUGCAUGUUUUCUGUUGUUUAUGGAAAACUGUUGUUAAACUUAAGAAUGACAACUGAAGAUGUUUUUAAAAUGGAGUUGUUAUAUGUGGAGCCACUAUUUGAACAGUAGUUUAAUGUCAGCAUUUGCUUUUGCGCUAUUUAUCAUGCAGUUUUAGAAACACAGUUUUAGGCACAAUAAGUGCAGGAUACAACACGCAUAUGAAGCAUUUUAACCUGUUUGAAAAUUAAAUAUGUUGCCUGUGACAUUAUUACUUCAGAAUGCCAUAUUGACAAGAACUAUUUAUAACUGGCUUUUUAAUCAGCGCAAAGUCUUAAAGUCUGUAAAAUAAUGUAUAUUACUGUGAUGUUUAAUAAAAGAUGUACAUGUGCAAACCUAA